ACUUGCCAGUACUGGCGGCAUGGCUGCAACGAACGCGUUGACGUUGUCAUCUCCUUCCGACUAUUUUUUAGUAUUUUUUACUAUUCUCUUAGUGCUGUUACUGAUACUGUGGUAGCCAAGAGCCUAGGCGAUCGAGCUGAUGCUGAACAUUUCAAGCGUGAUUUUCGAAGAAUUGUUUGCCUCCAUGAAAUUCGCUCUGUACCUGAGCCACAGCUGAUGAACGGCUUGUACUUGAAAGUACGUGUUAUUGCUUGAGAAAGACAACUCUUUGAUCCUAAGAAGUUAUGCAGUAACUCGAUUUCGAUCGUGAUCAGUCCGCAGUGCGAGUGAACUGUGGUCACGCGGACAGGCAGGAGUGUGAACAAUGGCAGACAGGGUGCGCUAUAACAUAGCCUUCUUACUUUCCAAUCUAGAUGCAUCCGUGAUCUUGGAACUCUUGCUGGAGAAUGAUGUGCUGGACGUUGAUGAAUAUGAUACUGCCUCUAGCAAGGAAAACGUGAAGUCUGAACUGACAAAGUACGUGGUGAGGCUGAUGCUGAAGAAAACAGAGGAACAGGUCGACACGUUCCUGAGGCUCAUGCAGCACAGCCAGCCUCAUGUAGCGGAACAUGUCGCCAGUACCAUGGCAAAGCGACGCGAUCCAACUGCCAGUGGAAAAACUGACCAUCCGACGAAGCCAAUAUCAAUGUCGGCAGAUGAUGAGUCCACACUUGGCUCGUCCUCCGGUAUCACCAUGACAACAGUUGGCAAACAGAAAACGCAGCCAUUGCAGCACACAGUGGGAGCUUGUCAGGCAGACCAGCAACGGACGUCCAACAGAUGUGAGCCAAUCUUCAAACAACCAGCAUCAGCUGAAACAACCGCCAAUGUAACUAAAACGGGUGCAACAUCCAAUACAACAUUGACUACAACACAGGAUUCAACAAGAUCAACAACUUCAAGCCAGUCAUCUCUACCGAACAAAGACCGACAUUUCACUGGCAGGAAUGACAUUGUUACAGAGAUCAGUCACAACAUUCUCACAACAAAGUCCAAGUCAUCACCUACACAAGUGCAGAGUCUUGUGGCACCAGCUGGUUUUGGUAAGACGUCCGUAGCCAUUGCUGUGGGACAUGUAUGUCGCAAUGCUGGUUGUCGUGUGGAGUUCUUUGACUUACGCGGUGUAGCUGGUGUUAACGCUGUCCAGGCAAUGAUUCAAAACCGACUCGAAACAAACCCAGCUUCAUCUGAAACUACUGGCAAGACAACGAAAUCAACUGAUGGCAGGGAUGAUGAUGGUGGCAAACAUCACAUGUUAUGUAUCCUAGACAAUGCCGAGGAUGCUAUCCAGGCUGGUGCUGAUAAAGAUCUCCAACUACAAGAUGUUGUAGAGCAAAUACUUCAACUACAACUCCAUGUCCAUGUCCUACUGACAAGUCGUGUUUACUUUGACCUACACGCUGCCCAGUUUAAACUACAACAACACCGUCUUGAUGGUCUGACAAAGGUUUGUGCUGUUGAUCUUCUCCAUGGUCUAUGUGUUGAAGGUAGUGUGAGCAUUGAAGAUGCACAGAGGUUAGUGGAUCAUUGUGGAAAUGUUCCACUUGCUGUACGCAUUACAGCUGGUCUUCUGCAAGGUGGUCGAUUAACUCCCACCAGGCUGCUAUCGUUGUUCAAGAAGAUUGGUCUUGAUGUGUUCAACGAUGAUGGUCUGAAACCGAAUCAUCGAAUUCUGCAGCUGUUGAAAGUAGCAUACAACACACUACGCCAGGAUGACAAAGAAUCAUUCCAUGCUCUAUCUCAACUGCACUCCUCGUUCUCAUCUAAGUGCGCUUGCGUGAUGGUGGAUUUUGUAGGUGAUGAUGUUGAUGUGGUUCAUCUUCUACGUUUAGAUCCGUUGAUCAAGAUUUGUUUCCUGGAUUACAAUUCGUAUUUGGAUCGCUACUCGUUACAACCAUUUAUCGCCGAGUUUGGUCGUUACCAAUGCCCAGAAGACAAGCAACACAUGUACCAACGGCGAAUGUGCAAGCAUUUCCUUGGCUUUGUGAAGGAAGUUGAUGACUGUAGAGGUUGUGGUGCAGACAAAGCAUUGUAUUGGAGUUACCAACUGCUUCAGGAACUGGUGAAUAUACAGAUGGCGUUGUCUGUUGUUGAUGUUUUGUCUGGCUAUGACUUGCUUCCUUUCUCUGGAUUAACAAAGUCAACGGGUAUCCUAUUUGCCUUGUUUGGGAGAGCAAUGUUUGUUGGAGAGUUUGUGGGCAGGAUACAAAGAUUGGACAAAGCACCGCUAUCUGUACAAGCUGACAGCAUUUGCACCUCGGUCCUGUGUUGUAUUUGCCGUCAAAGCAUUGCAGAUUCUGAUGUCACUUUUGAGAGUUCGGAUUCCAGAACCCAAAUGCUCCUGGAGAAAUCUGAACAAGAACCGACAGGAGUGGGGUCACCGCUGCAGCUACCUUUGAUGCAACUUUCUCUGGAGUCAUGCAGGCUAUCCAUGUCUCUGGACAUCGACUGCAGGGAAGGACAGGUUGAGCUCAGCCAGGAAACACUAUCCCGUCUUCAGGUGGUGUACCAGCGUGUUACAACAACACUGAGAAUGGGUCUUGCAACAGGUGUGACUGAAUGUGCCCUGAAACUCAUUCAACUGUAUUGUUCCACUCUGCUAAGCAAGGAUAUUCCCAAUGUACAGGUGGUAGAAGACCUUGCUAAGAGAGUGAUGUCAUCACGCUUCCUAUCACAGGAUGGUGCAGUCCUUUCAUGUACUGCAAUGUUCGGUUUUCUGCUACAAUGCAUUGCUGUGAUCCUGGGCAAGGUCAUGUCAAGUUCCUGUAGCAGUGAGUGGAUUAUUUCACCAUCAUUGAUUACAACACUGGGUAUACCACUGUGCAAGUGGAAACAUGUACCAACUGCUAUCAGCCGCACGGUCAAUACCCAUGACGACCACACUACUGUGUCUACUCUUCGGUUACAACGAUACCUGCACUCCAUGGAUAAUGACACAGUAGCCACACUACUGUACCUGUACUCGGGUGAUAUGUACAACACCGAGUACAUAUCCUUGGUAGUAAAUGGAAGGGCAUACACAACUCCAACGGGUCUCACUCUACCAGCACAGCAUCCCUACAACAUUGUGAUGGACUAUGUCAGGAGAUGGUGUCAUGGCUCAAAUCCAGCAGAUCACACAACAGCACUGAUUAACAACAGUAGCCAGAACAAGGUACCAGAUGUGGAAGUGAUGCAGUCUUGUAUACAGACAGCUAGAACACUGCUGAGCAUUGAGAAUACGAUCUUUGCACUUGUAGAAAUGUCCAAACUCUUCCCAGCGUUGAAGUCAUUGGUUAAUGAUCUCAGUGCUUACCUGCCGAGCAAUUGUGCAACUGGUCUCUCAGUGUCUGGAAUUGUGUACUUACCACCACAUGCUGGAGACGAUACGCUACUAUACUACUGUCUCAUUGCUGCCCUGCAUCGUCAAUCCAAGAGAGGCCAAGUGAGCAUUGAUCACCACAUUGCACUACUGGAAUGGUGUCCACGUGUAGCAGCAUGUUUUGUCUGCUAUGACCUGGACAACAUCAAGGCAUGUCCUCGUUGUGACAUGGCUUACCUGUGUGGUAAACAUCGUCAAACUGAUGAACACCUAAGUGAACACAACCAACACUGUGCUAUGCUGGCAGCACUCAGACGUCGCAUACUACAGGCUAGCUGAGCUUCUGAAAAUUUCUACUGGAUAGUGUUUAGCAGUUGAGAUUGGUGAAGAUGACCAGCACUGGACAGGGAUCAUUUCAAACAGCUACUGCAGUAAGAGAUACUCCAACAGCACACUACCUGUCAUUGAUCACAACACUGUGACAUCACUUGUAUAGACAUGAUGUAUACAGAUUGUCUAUGACACACACAGUGUUGUGUUACUAUGUAGAUAUAAUGAUCAACUGAACUACAUGUACUGUCUAGUCCAGUCUACUGUGGUAUCAGUUUUACUGAAUGUGUUCAUGUCUACUCUCACCUACUGUUUUUACACUAGUCACUGUACAGAAUAGUUACCGGUAUGUCAGUUAAACCUGCAAAACUCUACUCUACAAAUGUUUAUACUGCAAUGUAUAUUGCCAUAGCAGUGUCAGCCAUACCCUGUACAUACAAGUUCUUGCUAUUACCCUUGAGAUACACAUCAUAUUUUAUUCUAGUAUUGAAAUCUAGCAGCAAUGCUAGCAUUCAUGUGGCAAGCAAGAAAUACCCGUUGUGUGCUAUCAUGCCAAGUCAAAAAAAAUCAUCAUGAAUGUAGCCAAGGCUCGACUCGAGCACACAGACUUCAGCCCUUCCACGUUUCCAAUUGUGGCCGGCUUUUCAGUAGACCACAGGACAUAUCCUGCCUGAACAUGGCAAUGUGUCCAAGGUCCAAUGUGUUUGUGUGUACGCACAUGCACGCGUGCACACGUGAUUGUGUGUGUGUUUGUGUAUGUAUGUGUGUCUGUAUGUAUGUGUGUGUGUGUGUGUGUGUGUGUGUGUCCCAUAUGGUGCAGUGGUUUGUGUAUUCUAUUUCCAAUCGAGAGGUUGGGGGUUCAAUUCCCGACGAUUAUGGUCGCACACGUCUUUCUUCUCUUUCUCAUUCUCCAAGCUCUUCUUUCAUCCUCCUGGGUGGUUACCAACAGCCAGUGUAUGCCGGAGUAUGUGCUGUGGUGUGUGUGUGUGUGUCAAAAAAAUAAAAAAAUAGGGAUUCACCAGCCAGAAAAAGCCACUUCAAUCAGCUGUGUGGUGGAUACCAGGCUAAAAUUAGUGGCGGUCAAUUCAUCCGCCUUGCAAGCUGUUGAACGGUGUAAUCCCACCACAAGUUGCUAUGUAUAUACAUGUAUUGCCCAGGUUCAUUCAGCAUACGUUUUUCUUCUUUUCUCUUUAUGUUCACCACUCAUCCCCCUUUUUUUUUUUUGCUAAACAUUUGAACAUUUACACUGAUGUAUGAACAUUUACACUGAUGUAUAUUAUACAUUGUUUAUUUAUUUAUUUUUUUAUAUAAUAAUUAUUAUAUAUUUUUUGGUCCCAUCG